CCCCUAAACUACCAGAAGAGCACCAGUGGCAUCAGACCCCACAAAUCUCUCCACACAAAACCCUCCUCUCUCUCUCUCUUUCUCUCACACACACACACACUCAUUACGUCUGAUUUUCUCCCUCUCUGAAAUUUCUCAUCCAACAAUGCCAGCUUCCUCCUCAGAUACCCGCAAUAGGUGGAGGAAGAAGCGCAAGAGAGAGCCCCAAAUCGGCCGACGAUCCAAGCUCCAAAACGACGACGUCUAUGACGACGAAGAGGAAGAAGAAGACGAGGAAUUGAAACCCGAAUCCGAAUCCGACGAAGACCGACAUCAGCAGCAGCAGCAACGAAACCCUCAAUCGGGCUCCGAUCCGGCUCCGGCAGCCGAAGUCUUGUCGGAAGGUGGCGUCCGAGUCUCCGAUUUCCCUCCGGUAGUCAAGCACACAGUGAACCGGCCCCACCCGUCAGUGCUGGGGAUUGUGGCCCUAGAAAGGGCGAUUCAGUGCGGGGGCGAGGGGAAGGGUUUGCUCAAUCACGGUGCCGUUUUAGAGAACAUAUCGCAUGGGCAGCUCCAGGCGCUGUCUGCCGUGCCGGCUGAUAGUCCGGCUCUGUUGGCGGCCGGUGAUCAGGAGAGAGGGGAAGGGUCUUCUUCUUCCGCCGCUGCUGCGUAUGUCAUUACGCCUCCUCCGAUUAUGGAGGGAUGUGGGGUUGUGAAGCGUUUUGGGAGUAAUCGAGUUCAUGUUGUGCCUAUGCACGCAGAUUGGUUUUCGCCUAUUACUGUGCAUAGAUUGGAGAGACAAGUAGUGCCACAUUUUUUCUCAGGGAAGUCAGCUGACCACCCUCCUGAAAAAUACAUGGAAUGUCGGAACACAAUUGUUGCAGGGUACAUGAAAAACCCAGAGAGGAGACUGUCCGUUGGGGAUUGCCAGGGACUGGUACCUGGUAUUGUUGUUGAUGACUUAAGCCGAAUCUUUAGGUUUCUUGAUCACUGGGGAAUCAUUAACUACUGUGCAGCUGCACCCAGUUAUGAGACUCAGCGUGAUGGGUCGUAUUUGAGGGAGGAUUCAAAUGGUGAGGUUCAUGUGCCAUCAGCUGCUCUGAAGUCCAUUGAUAGCUUAAUUCAGUUUGACAAGCCUAAAUGUAGGCUCAAGGCGGCAGAUGUUUAUCCAUCAUUGUCGUGUCAUGAUGGCGAGGAUUCUGAUUUGGACAGCAGAAUCCGGGAGCGCUUAUCUGAUAACCGAUGCAAUUAUUGUUCCUGCCCCCUGCCCAUUGUCUAUUAUCAAUCGCAGAAGGAGGUUGAUACGCUGCUAUGCUUGGAUUGCUUCCACAAUGGAAGAUUUGUUAUCGGUCAUUCGAGUAUAGACUUUAUAAGGGUUGAUACUACAAAAGAUUAUGGUGAUAUGGACGGCGAAAGUUGGAAUAAUCAAGAAACUCUACUGUUGCUUGAAGCAAUGGAAAUCUACAAUGAAAACUGGAACGAGAUAGCUGAGCAUGUUGGUAGCAAAUCAAAAGCACAGUGCAUCCUCCAUUUUAUCCGUCUUCCAAUGGAGGAAGGCCCACUGGAAAACAUUGAAGUUCCAAGAAGGUCCCUCUCUUCAAGUUUGUUAACCAGAGAUGAUUCAGGACUACCCCAUUCAGGUUCAAAUGGAGAUGCAGCGGGAUUAUGUCUUCAAGAUCCUGAUUCUGAGAGUAGGCUUCCUUUUGCAAAUUCUUCUAAUCCGGUUAUGGCCCUGGUUUCCUUUCUGGCCUGUGCCGUGGGACCUAGAGUUGCUGCAGCAUGUGCCCAUGCAGCCUUGACAGUAUUGUCUGAGGAUUCUCAGAAGGCUUCUGGGCAGAUGGAAGCACCUAGGCUGGGUAAUAGGAUGAAUUUGGACCGUACACAUACUAAUGAAGCAAGUUCUCAUGGGGACAAUACAAACUCAAGUCAACGAAAAGAAGAUAACUCUGAAGUGACUCGGAAUGGUGUGGUUGCUCCCUUAUCUGAUGAAAAGGUUAGAUCUGCUGCUAAAGCUGGUCUUGCUGCUGCUGCAACAAAGGCAAAACUUUUUGCAGACCACGAAGAGCGUGAAAUCCAAAGGCUAUCUGCUAAUAUCAUAAAUCAUCAGUUGAAGAGACUAGAACUCAAGCUGAAGCAAUUUGCCGAGGUGGAAACCCUGUUAAUGAAAGAAUGUGAACAAGUUGAAAAGGCUAGGCAGAGGAUUGCUAAUGAGCGGACCCGCACGGUAUCAGCUCAGAUGGGACCCGCCGGGGUGAGUUCAUUGAUGAACCCACCAGGUGUGGGUCCUUCCAUGGUGACCAACUCUCUGAAUAACAGGCAACCAAUCAUCACUGGUUCAUCCUCACAGCCGUUUAUAUCUGGUUUUGGAAGUAACCAACAGAUGCAUCCCCAGUUUAUGGCACGGCAACAAAUGUAUGGACUUGGGCCCCGUCUGCCUCUUUCAGCUUUACACCCAUCCACAUCAGUUGCUCCUAAUGUCCUGUUCAAUGCUGUAGCGAAUGCUCAGCCUAAUUCUGUCAGUCAUCCAAUGUUGAAGAAUGUAUCAGGGGCUAGCUCUAGUCUAGGUUGAAUUUUUGGGAAAGCAAUUCAGUAUUGCAGUCUUCUCUUGUUCUGUGGUUUCAUUAACUUAAGUUAUCUACGUUUCCGCAUUCAAAAAAGUAAAGAAAAUAGCCAGGAGUUACUCAUGGUGGUAGGGAUAUGGCCAAGGAUGCAGGAGAGAAGAAUUGAUUUCUCAGAUGCGCGAUUAAUUGGUUAGGUGAUGUGAUACUUUUAAUUUUACUUGUACUUUAUUUUACUCUCGACAUUUAACUGUAAAGAUGAGGAAGGUCUUGAUUAGGAUGCUUGUACUACUGCUACCUAUUGUACAGAUAAUGCAAGGAACUAGAGCAUUUGAGCUUCA